GUCCCUAAAUUAAGUUCGUUGAGGUUGAGGCAUCCGAUCCUCCUCCUCCUCCUCAAAGUAACCAUCGCAACAAUACUUUUAGGCUGUAAAUUUAACUUAAUUAAUUAAGUUUAGCUCAUUCUUGCUCUCAUCUCCCACUCCCAGCUAGCUUUGUCCACCAAAACCUCCAUUUUCAAGACCAAAAGAAGCAAUGGCAACCGUGAAUGGCUGGCUCUUCUUCCCCAUGCAUGAGAGUCUUAAUCGCCAAGACCUCGCCAUUCGAAGGUUUUGUCCAGCUGCAAGAGUCAAGCAAGAACAAGCUAUUGGAGGAGGAGGAGGAGAGGAGGAGGCACCAUCAGAUUCAGUAGUCAAUGAUCAGAUGGAGCAGUUAUGGUCUCCCACUGAUGCAGAUACUAGAUCUAGUACUCCUCCUCCUCCUCCUCCUCCUCUACCUACUUCUGAGGAGGAAGAAUUUGUUGACAGUUUCUUUAAUCUUGAUUACUGCUAUGACCUCAUAGAUGAUAGUAUCAUGGUUCCAGGGAAGACGCAUGAUGAUCAUGAUGAGGUGUUUGAUCAUUUUGAUGAUCAAGACGAGCUUUUUGAAAACUUGUCAUCAAUAAUUGUGGACGAUCACGUCUAUGCUUAUGGGGAUGGGAAGGACAUUAUGAUGAUUGAAGGAGACGACCAGCUGGAUGAGAUUGCUAUCAAGACUAGUACUAGUACUAUUAUUGAUCAUCAUGAUCAUGUUGCAGAUCAUCAGCAAGUGGUGAGUAUGAGUAGCCAUGGGGAUGGGGAGGUGGAUCAAGGGCUUCAACUAGUGCAUUUGUUGUUGGCAUGUGCAGAGGCAGUGGGUUGUAGGGACACUCAACUCGCGGAUUCAAUCCUUUGCCAAAUUUGGCCUUGGGUGAGUCCUUUGGGUGACUCUUUGCAACGUGUCUCGUAUUGCUUCGCCAUGGGAUUGAAGUGCAGGUUAUCCCUUCUUCUUAAUAAUCUCAAUGCCAAUGGUACAAUAUUCACAACUUCUAAUGGUUUUGUUAGUGCCAUGAAUAGUAUUGUUUCCUUGUCCUCCUCGACCAUCACAAUUAGGGAGGAGGAGAUGAAGAUGGAAGCUUUUCAAUUACUUCACCAAUCAACUCCUUACAUUGCUUUUGGUUUCAUGGUUACAAAUGAUGCUAUAUGCCAAGCUGCAAAAGGGAUGGACUCUUUGCAUAUCAUUGAUUUGGGAAUGCAACACACUCUCCAAUGGCCCUCUUUCAUAAGAACCUUAGCUUCACGGCCAGAGGGCCCCCCUAAAUUACUGCGCAUCACAGGCCUAGUUAGAGUUGGAGAUCAUCAUCAUCAUCAACAACUUUUAGAUCAGCUUCAAGCCAGCAUCAAAGGCCUCAUUGACGAAGCAGGUUCGCUAGGCAUUCCUCUAGAAUUCCACUUGAUCGAAGAGCAAUCAACAACACCAUCACUACUACUAACUAAAGAGAACCUCAACUUGAGAGAAGGAGAGGCAUUGUUUGUGAACAGCAUCAUGCAUUUGCACACGUAUGUGAAAGAGAGCAGAGGCUCUCUAAAGACAAUCCUCCAAGCAAUUAAGAAACUAGGACCAACCUUGCUUACAGUGGUGGAACAAGAUGCCAAUCAUAAUGGACCCUUCUUUCUAGGGAGAUUCCUUGAAUCACUUCACUACUAUUCUGCCAUAUUUGACUCCUUGGAGGCUAUUUUUCCAAGGAAUAGUCCCCAAAGGAUGAAGAUAGAAAAAAUGUACUUGGCAGAGGAAAUCAAUAACAUAAUAGCUUACGAGGGAUCAAAUAGGAUUGAGAGGCACGAGAGGGCGGAUCAGUGGAGGAGGCAGCUAGGACGAGCAGGGUUUCAAGGGGUAGGGAUGAAAGACUCCAUGAGCCAAGCUAGGAUGAUGCUAUCUGUGUAUGGCUGUGAUGGAUACACCUUGGCUAGUGACAAGGGGUGUCUUCUUCUUGGAUGGAAAGGGAGGCCUAUAAUGCUAGCAUCUGCAUGGCAAGUGCACAACAAUGUCCCUUAAGUCAUGUCUAAUUAGAUGGCGCAAGAUCCUCCUCUGUUUAUCGCUAUCGUGGCCCUAAUCCAACCCAUCAAUCACUUUUUUGUUGUUGUCAUAACUACAAAUUAAUUACGUAUUAGAAAUUAAAGGAGAAAAAAGAGAGAUAUAAUAAAGUUUGAAUCAUGUAGCUGCCUUAUGAGCGAUGAUUCCAAUACCACCAAUGAUGGUGGAAAUUUUGUUUCUGAGGGAUCUUUCCCAAGAAACUUUUACUUCUUUGGAGAAUCUAUUACAUUUCCAUUAUCUUUGACAAUCUA